AUGCCACCGCCACCAAUGCAGCGCACCGCCAUGCGACUAUUGUCCCCACGUCUCCACCACCUGCAGCGUGCUCACCAAUACCAACCUGCGAAGACCUCGGUACGACUGGCAUCAUCCCGCUAUAGCAGUCCCUCCAAACGGGCCUUCACCGCAGUCUCGGCCCAAUCGCCAUCAUUCGUGGAUGCUACAGUCAAUAGCGACAAUGUUGCCGCUCAAAUACAGCAGGAUGCCGCACGGAAUCCACUCGAUGCUCGCGCGGCCCAGAUCGCACAUGAGGAAAAGCAGCAGUUCCACCUCCGCCGCAUGCGGUUCGCGGGGAUGGGUCUUCUCUUAAGCAUAUUUGGCAUGGCUGCUCUGAUCUACAAUCUCGAUUUGGACGACCUUGAGCAGGCCGAGGCCAAGCGAAAGCAGGGCAAGCAGCAGCUGGAUGCCAGUAGUGAAGCGACUGCCAGCUUUCAAGGCAAGGAAGUCCACGUCAUUGGCGCUGGUGAUGGCAAGCGUAUAGUUGCGCAAGGUCAUGGUGAGGAGAUUGAGUUGGUGGAGACGGGCACAUCGAGUGUGCCUCAUUUCCCGCGAACGAUAAAUUUGCCCACUUCUGCUCCAUCCGUUCCCGGAUCCGAGGAAAAGGAGGAGCAGUAUACACUUCUCGGUCUCGGAAUCCGAACGGUGUCAUUCCUCAGUAUUCAGGUCUACGUGGUGGGAAUGUAUAUCCGCACUACUGAUCUGAGUGCCCUGCAGGAGAAGCUCAUCCAUAAUAUCAAUGAGUCGGCGUCAACACUAAUUCCUUCCGAGAAGGAGGAGCUCAAGAAGCGACUGCUCGAUCCUGUCUCCAGUCGAGAAAUUUGGACGGAGCUGUUAAAGGUGCCCGGACUCAAGACCGCCUGGCGUAUUUCCCCAACCAGGAACACAGAUUAUGGCCACCUUCGCGACGGGUGGAUUACUGGGAUUACCAAUCGUACACGAGAGUUCAAACAGGUUGCUCAAGGGGCCGAGACUGAGUACGAGGCGGAGGAGUUUGGCAAGUCAAUUGGUGAGUUCAAGGCCAUAUUCCAAGGAGGGAAAGCACCCAAGGGAUCGGUCAUGAUCCUAGCCAGAGACCAGGAUGGAACGCUGGACGUUUUCUUCCAGGAAAAACCCGAAGCCAGUGGUAAUGAGAAAGCCAUGGAAAAGCUGGGCUCCGUAAAGGACGAGAGGAUCAGCAAAUUGAUUUGGCUCACUUAUCUGGCUGGUGACAAGGUCAGCUCAGAGCCAGCUAGAAAAAGCAUCGCGGAUGGUAGUGUGGCGUUUGCAGGUYGCCCAGUUGGAAGUGCAGAGACCAUGAUCCGAUGA